AUGGGCAAAAAGACUGGGCUACAAAAAUUUAACUUACCUGAUGUUCAAGGGUGGGUGCCGUACAUAGCAUUCUCAAGGAAAAAAGAAGAAGUCGAAAAAAAGGAGAUACAAUACGUUGAAGCUCCAAAAGAUUGGAAAGAACCGAAGUUCAACCCUGAAGAUAACCCACAUGGCAGACUGUUCGCCUCUUCUUCAUUCGUAACCCUGUUUCCGAAGUAUCGUGAAAAGUACUUGGAUGAAAUUUGGCCUGCUUUGAAAAGAAUAAUGAUGGAACAUCAUAUUCGAGCAGAGUUGGAUCUGGCUGAGAGCACCAUGGAGGUUAAAACAACACCUAAAACAUUCGAUCCUUUCAUUAUUCUAAAAGCACGAGAUGUUAUACACUUAUUGGCUCGUUCUGUUCCAAUGGAGCAAGCUAUUCGUGUUUUGGAUGACGAAACAUUUGCGGAUAUCAUUGAAAUCAAUCUGUAUAGUCGUGAAAAACUUGUUAAGCGACGUGAUCGGCUAAUUGGUCAUGAAGGUGAAACAUUAAAGGCUUUAGAAUUGUCCACCAACUGUUAUAUAGUUGUGCAAGGGAAAACUGUUUCUGUCAUUGGUCGGUUUGGUGACCUAAGAGAUGUGCGUAAAAUAGUACAGGAAUGUAUGUAUGAUAAUAUUCAUCCAGCAUAUUCUAUUAAACAUUUACUUAUUAAGAAAAAGCUUUCACUGGAUCCCACAAAACAGAAUAUGUCUUGGGAUAGAUUUCUGCCUGAAACGAAGAAGAAAGUGCUUAGUCGUCGUAGGAGACCACGUAGAGUACGUAAGAAGAAGGAGUAUAAUCCGUUCCCUCCACCACCAGUUCCGUCGAAAAUUGAUAUUGAACUUGAAAAAGGCACAUACUUUCUGGCUGAAGCUGAACGUAAGCGACUUAAACUUGAAUCAUCUAUCACCAAGUCGAAUCAAGUGUCUAAAGAACGACAAAAUGCUAAGCGUAUGGCUCCACUUAUCCCUCCAGAAGAAGGGGAUAAUAGUACAUCAAAGAAAAUAAAAUUGGAAACUGCAUAA